CCGCCCUUUCCGUUGUGCACAAACAGGACUGCUAGCGACAUUGCAAACCUGUGUUGUGUGCCACUUCGGUUUUACUUAAUAUUGUUCGUCGUGUUUCAGAUUAUGGACAACGGCGAUUUUACAUCAGGACGGGCAAAGAUUACCGUUCCCGACAAAGUCGACAUGUCGUUAGAUGACAUCAUUCGGUUGAACAAAAAAGAACAACAGUUAAAGAGAAGACAAGGCUCCACAAGUCGGCGACCAGUGAAGAAGAAAGGCCGUUUUCAGUCGAGGACUGCGGGAUCAGUUCAGAGAGCUGGAGGUGGUGUACCCCGAGGAGGAGCUGCUAAACUGAGGGGCAGAAGAUUACCUCCCUUGGGAGGUCGACGAAGGGGUCAAGGUGUUAUCACUGGCCUGGCGGCCCGGAGGCCUGGAGCCCUGCUAAAACGAACUGGAUCAUUCAACAGAACAGCAGCCAGCCAGAAAACAAGACAGAAAACGAGGGCCUUCAUUCAACGUACUGAACCCCAGUUUAGGAAGCCGGAGGUGCAGAGGCGACUGUACAGGCAGAAUGAUCUGCAGAGAGGCCACAACACAUCCACAAGGAGGUCGUUUCAGCUGCGAAGACGACUACUGCCACCUGUUCAGCAGGCUCAGAGAGAAGCACGUCAGGCUACGUUUCUUUUUCGGAGGGGCCUCAAGGUUCAUGCCCAGAUGCAGAAUCCAAAUCUUCACACUGCUCCAGUCAGAACCCGUCAGUGGCGCACGUCAACAAACAGUAGUGGAAUCUUGACUGUUUCAAUUGACAACCCAACAGCCAGAACACAACCAGAGCCCCAAACUGCUUGGACCCUUCACCCGCCAGCUGUUAGCUCUACUUCUGUCAAGGUGGAAACUGUAGAGAAGAAGACGCCAAAAGGAGUGCCACUCCAAUUUGACAUCAACAGUGUUGGAAAACAGCAAACGUCAAUGACACUGAACGAGAGAUUCCGCAUUCUCAAAGAUCAGCGCACAGCCACACCGCGGGGCAGUAAAGGCAGCCGGUUUGUUACCGUGGGUUAGCCUGCAGGAAGCUGUUGCCCACCAGCUGAUGGACUUUAUUAAAUGAAGCUGCGUUACAAAUGAGUACGUGCACAACUGCCCACAUGUCACAAAUCAAGUGUGUGAGUGUUGGUGGAAGACAGUGUUUUUGUUGUUUUUGUCUCACUGGCUAUCGUGUCACUGUACUCCACCGUUUGCCUCGUGUAGUGGAAGGAAACUGUUUGCUUUGGACUCAGAACUGUCGACAGCACGCACGAUGAAGGCUGCUUGUUUUUUUGUUUUUGUUGUUUUUUAUCAUUUUCUUGCCGGAGAGGACUGUUGUGUUCUUGGAACCAUGGCACAUGUAUUCUCUCAUUUAACAUUUUAAAAACAAAACAUUUUGUAAUGUUUCCUCAAAUAAAAAAGUUUUUGAAUUUUU